AUGGCGUUGGCGAUGGCUUCGACAUCUUCGAGCGUGCACGAGCUUUUUCUUCUCCAGCGUAGCGGCGCCAGGGGCUCCCGGGGCACGGCGCGCUGUCUCCAGCUGCGUGGUAACCGGCGGAGGUUGUCUUAUUUGCCCUGUGUCCGUGCCAGGUGGGUGCCGGAGGACCGGGUGGCGGUCCUGGAGGACGAGGAGUUGAUGAGGAAGCUGGAUUCUUACGGCCGGAAUGGGAAUGGGAACGGGAGCGUCAGGAGUGGAGAGUCGAAGUAUUGGUCCGGGGAGUCCAGUGGUAAUGUGGAGUUGUACGUGAAUGGGAAUGGAAAUGGAAAUGGUAGUGCGGUGGGAAACGGAAGUUUAGUCAAAUAUGUCAAUGGAAAUGAAGCCUCGAAGACUGCAGUGGCGGAAAAAGUCCCUAAGAUGAAGUCGGAGGGUAGGAAGAGAACCAUAGAGGAAAUAGGACAGGAAGAAGCUUGGUUUAAGAAGAAUGGAAAAGAUAAACUCGAGGUUAGUUGAAGUAUCCAGUUUUUAGUAAUAUCCAUAUUACUUUGAAAAUGUCUUAUUUUACAUCCGGACUGUUAAAUUGCUAUGAAGAGAAAGACAAUGGUAUAGUACCAGUAGGACCUGUGAAAUUUUGUAUUUCGGGAAUAUUCGUUGUCUUUUCUUCUUAAGGGCCAAUUGUCUGCAGACUUAGAAUGUUAUUCACUAUAAGAAUGCACUAGGCAGGUGCUUUGCAACUUUAAAUGCAGUUUAUAUUGUGAAUGAUUUUUUCGUAUCUGUAGGUUUCUGUGGCUCCCGGAGGACGUUGGAACAGAUUUAAGACCUAUUCGACUAUACAGAGGACGCUGGAAAUAUGGGGAUUCGUUUUCACUUUUCUGUUCAGGGCGUGGGUUAACAAUCAGAAAUUCUCUUAUCAAGGUCAGUCUACGAUCUUUCAACAAGUUUCUACCGCAAUAUCAUAGAUUUUUCUCGCAACAUGUGAUAGUGUAAAUACGGUACUAUUAUACAUAACUCAUUUGCCCAUUGAUUAUGCAAGGGGCACUGCUUCCUUUCACCACAAAAAAUAUUUAAGUUCGCGUUUUUGCUAAAGCGAUUCCUUAGAAGAUGUUCCCCGGAUGCUUUAUGAGUUUGCAUUAUGCCCAAUUGUUGGCCAGUGAUCCGCUGGUGACUUAAAUUAUGUUGAUAAGAUACUAAAUAGUGGGGAAAGCCACAACAAGGACGAUAAUGAUCAUGCAAGAAUGCACAAAAGGCAUUACCUUAGAGAUCUACUAUCAAUCUGGAAACAAUAAUGAUCAUCCAUGUAUCCCCAUAUUAAUUACACCUUCCGUUGGUAUAACUGUAUUUUCGAUUGUCUGUUUGCAACUGGACUGCAGAUUAUUGUUAUGAUCAAUUUGGGUUGGCAACCAAGAAAUUUCCUUUUGAUAGCAUAUCUGUUAUUAUACAUGCAGGUGGCAUGACGGAAGAGAAGAAAGUACAGAAGAGGAAAGUCCUUGCCAAGUGGCUAAAGGAAAGUAUUUUAAGAUUGGGACCUACAUUUAUCAAGAUAGGACAACAGUUUUCUACAAGGGUUGACAUACUAGCUCAAGAAUAUGUUGACCAGCUAUCUGAGCUUCAGGUGAAUAUCCUUACUGGUAGAUCAUAUUGGUUGAAUCGGUGGAGACAUAGAACAUCCCGUCUCUUUUUUCUCCACAUUUUCAGCUUUAGUGGCUACAUGAUUCAUUUGUCAUGGCCACGACCAUUACUCCAUUGGCGAUACGUGGUCUCAGUGAUCUUUUAAUUCCUCCUUCAAAAUCUUUCCAGCAUUUUCAACGGCCACAUAGUGAUAAAGUAUUCCUCCACUCUUACAGUGCAUUUAUUUUUCCCAGAUUAUCUAAAGAAUUCGUAGUCAUUUGCAUUUUGUUCUAAUUUUUAGAUAGAUCCAGAGGUACUUCUUUAUAUGUGGCAACUGUGAUGAUGUUAAUUCUUGAUAAGGAUAUAGACAAAACACUUUAGCCACUAAGUAAUAUAUAUUUUCCUCCAUAUUAUUUCAGGAUCAAGUUCCUCCGUUCCCCUCAGAAGUAGCUGUUUCUAUACUUGAAGAGGAACUUGGGGGUCCUGCUGGUGAAAUAUUUGAUAGAUUUGACUACGAACCGAUUGCAGCUGCCAGUCUGGGUAACGCAUUUUUAAUUUUCAAUUCUCUUAAUGUUGAUGAUCCGCUUCAUCUUUUUACCUUCCAGCUGGUUAUCCCUUUGAGAGCAUGUUCUUUAAGAUCUAACUUAAAGCACUUUUUUCUUUCCAGGUCAGGUACACCGUGCGAAGCUCAGAGGUCAGGAAAUUGUGGUCAAAGUACAGCGUCCUGGCCUGAAGGAUCUGUUUGAUAUUGAUUUGAAGAACCUUCGGGUUAGUGAUUUUUGUUCUUGAGACUUUUGUUUCUCUGAGUAAAUUUUUAACUAGGCAAUCCCGUUUGCCUGUUUUCCUGUCGUUGACGCUCAAUGGCAUAUUUUUGGUUGCACAUGAAAAGGAGCAUGCUAACUUCACCAAGUAUCAGCGGCCACUGUUUUUGUACUUUUUUCCCUUCUUUGAGGGAUUAGAGUGACAUCGUUCCUUUGCAAGUGGAAGCUUGCUUUUCUAGUGAAAAACGUUCCCGAUGGAUUCUAGUUGCUGUUUUAUUUUACAUACCGGAUUUAUUUUUUUUCUUGUCUGUGUGAUUUGAGAAUUUUGUUAGCACUAUGUUAUUGAUGGAAAGCAUGCCCAGUGCACAAAUAAGUCAAAAGAAAUUUACUGGAUAUUGGUCACUUUGUCAGUCUUUCUUAAUAGUGGAAUCUCUUUCGAACUUGUCUGUGCGUGGUGAUCUACCAUUUUGGACAUUUAUAAUACUUUGGCUUUUACAUAUUGGGAAAAGGGUCAUUAUUUUUUUGUUGUAUAGUUCUUUUAGAUUUUUAUUUAUUUAUAGAUAUUCGUGGUCCCUCCCAGGUUAUAGCCGAAUAUCUUCAGAAAAUCGAUCCAAAGUCUGAUGGUGCAAAGAGAGACUGGGUUGCUAUUUACGAUGAGUGUGCCAGCGUUCUGUAUCAGGUUGAUUAUCUUAGACUGUUCCAUGCUUUAUAUUUCACAGCAGAAGCUGUACUUAGUCAGUAUGAUGUACCUCUAUGAUUCAUGGUUUGCUUGCUGAUUCCAGGAGAUAGACUACACCAAAGAAGCCGCUAAUGCUGAGCUAUUUGCCAAGAACUUCAAAGAUUUGGAUUAUGUGAAAGUACCAAAUAUAUACUGGGAAUACACCACUCCACAGGUUCGUGCUCAUUUCGAUUAAUUUCUACCAAAAAGUUCAUUCUUCUCUGUUUUUUAUGUAAGAAGCUACUUGAAUGCAGGUCCUGACGAUGGAGUAUGUACCUGGAAUAAAAAUAAAUAAAAUAAAAGCGUUGGAUGAGUUGGGUGUUGACCGCCAAAGGUAAGAAAUGCAAGUUAGUCUGUUGUAAUAGAAUUCUAUAGACUCAGCUCUCAAAUUACUUCAUUUUAAUUGACUUAAUUUAUUUCCUGUUCUGUUGGCAAAAUUGGAUGUUUGACCUAGCCAUUUUAUUGUAUUGCAGAUUAAGUAGAUAUGCUGUUGAGUCAUACCUUGAACAGAUUCUAUCUCAUGGGUUUUUUCAUGCUGAUCCGGUGAGUUGCUGGGCAUCCAAUGCCAGCUAACCCUAUAUUAAUGAAACACAUGAUGAUGAUUGCAAUUGAUUGAAAUUGACUAUUGUGUUGCUCGAUAUUUUCAGAGUGAUGCAGUCUUUUUUCAGAUUUUGUAGUGACCAUCAAAAAAAUCCAUUACUUUGGAAUGCUACCCGAUCAUGCUUUUCUAUACUCUUUUUUAUACGGUAUACUCGCCAACAUAUAUAGAACCCAAUGCAUUAUGGAGUAUGGUUGCACUAUCAACCAAUUAAUUUCCAUAAUUUAUUGAAUCUGAUUGUUUGCUUUUGCACGGUUUUUAAAAAUACUGUGUAAGAACUUGUUUUUACUCAUGUUUUGAUACGUUUCUGUGGUAAAUAGAACAUUGAAAUGUGAGCCAUAUCCCACUCUGUUGGGUUUUCAUGGCUUGUGCUGUUGUAAACUUAAUGUGCAUUUAGCUUCUUCGUACAGAUUCUGACGGCCAUAAUCCCAUUAAUCAAAUAUAUUUGCCUGAUUGAACGUUUUGUAACUUUUUAGUACUUAGGAACCUAAAAAUCCAAACAAGGGCUAGAUACCACCACUUCUUUUUUUUUAUCUCAGGUUAACAGAUGGCUUAUCCAUGUCUUUGUAAUGUUCAAAGAAGAGUUUAAUGGCAUUGACUGAAUCUUUCUUUUCUGGACAGCUAGUAGCAUAAAACCAUGAUCUGAUCACCAGAAUGAUUGCCUCAUUUAGUCCCGUCAAACCUAACUCAAAUAGACCUACAUAUGGCAUAUUUUAUCUGAGUCAUUAAACAGGAGGUUAAAAAAAGAAAGAAAAAAGCACAACGGUACUUGCCUCUUCCUUGUAUUGCUCUGCAUUGAAAACGCAAGAAAACGACGAUCGAAUUUUAAGUUCAUACACGGAAAAUAUUUCUUCGAAGUGAAUUAAUAUGAUUGCACCUAGAAAUAAAUGCUAUGGAAUGAUCUUCUUUCUGUUUUAAGAAAAAUAAAGAAAAAAUUAUUUCUGAAGAUUUUCUCUGAUUGCAGCAUCCAGGAAAUAUUGCUGUUGAUGAUGUGAAUGGUGGAAGGCUUAUCUUCUACGAUUUUGGCAUGAUGGGAAGGUCGUGCAUGGCUUCUUUUACUAGCCCCUAGCUACUUAUCCGCUGACUGUCAUCCUUAUUUCUAAUAUCCCUUUCUCCCUGUUUGCAGUAUUAGCCCAAAUAUAAGGGAGGGUCUGCUUGAAGCCUUCUAUGGAGUAUAUGAAAAGGACCCAGACAGAGUAAGCUCUUCUGCCACUCUCUCCACUAGCGUUUGUUUUUAUUAUAUUUAAGCAUCACAUUUACGCUUAUAAUUUAAUAGUUUCGUGUAGAACAGAGAGGGUUGAGGAAAUAAUGUUUUCUCGAUGGAAAAUGUUAUCUAGAUGAAGGUUCGAUCUUAUUGCUUGUUCUUGAGAGUUCAUUUUUCUCAUUUUUCUUCACUGACUUUAGAAAUCCAUAGAUACUUUCAAUCUAUACGAGCCAAGGCCUCGUUGACUUCAUGAAAGAAAAUCGCAUCCACUCCUCUCAUAAUCUAGAAACGUGUGCCUGAAAAAUACUCUGCUUCCUUUAUUUUUUACUCUGCAAACCUUUAUUUUCUUGGCCAAAUUGGCUGUGUGGUCGUACAUAAAACCCUAGAAGCGUUCCACCCUCAUGUUCAGUACUAACUCCGUUUGACCCUUAACACAGGUUCUUCAAGCAAUGAUUCAAAUGGGGGUGCUUGUUCCCACCGGAGACAUGACAGCUGUCAGGAGAACAGCUCAGUUCUUCCUCAACAGGUGGCGAUUGAUCUCUAAUUUUCUGAAAAUAAAUCGAGAUAUGUCAGGUGGGCAGCUUCUUUUAUUGACAUUCGUGGAACCCCCAAUCUUCAGCUUUGAGGAGCGCCUCGCAGCGCAGAGGAAGGAGAGAGAAAUGGCAGCCAUGGAACUCGGAUUCAAGAAGCAAUUGAGCAAGGAGGAAAGAUUCGAGAAAAAGAAGCAACGCCUCGCCGCAAUCGGUAACCUUAUCCAUUACCAGUCAUCUCAUAUCCUCGAAUCACAUCAGAGGACAUCGUUUUCAGCUAAAAAAAGCAGCCUUCUGUGCUCAACUUUCUUCUGCUUCGAUUUUUUUUCAUGUCCAGGAGAGGAUCUGCUUGCAAUUGCCGCUGAUCAACCCUUCCGCUUCCCUGCUACCUUCACAUUUGUUGUCAGAGCAUUUUCUGGUAAUUUUUGUGGCCAAAAAUUACCAAAAAGAGUCCACAUUGACGUUGACCUCUCUCUUCCUUUCCCUCUAUGGCAUUCUCCUCAUCACGACCUUUAUGUGAACAGUUUUGGAUGGGAUUGGGAAGGGUUUAGACCCGCGAUUCGACAUCACAGAGAUUGCAAAACCGUGAGUUCUGCUCCUCUGCUCCUUCCUCCACAGGCCACUUUCUAUCUGAUCGAUCCCAGCCUUUUUUUUUUUCCUCUUUUAGUAUAUAAUUCAUGCUUGAAUUUUUAUUUUUAUGUUUAUUUUUAUGUUUAUUUUUAUUUUUAUUUUUAUUUUUAUUUUCCCAGUUAUGCACUGGAGUUGCUGAAAUUUCGCGAGGCUGGCGUUGAGGUAUUUGUGAAGGUGAGCUUAUAAUGUUCCUUAUUAUUAUUAUUAUUACUAUAAAAGUUAGGAUAGGGUGGCAUUGGAUGGAACGAGUAAAAUGCUUCAAAUGCUCACUCUCGGUUCAUCCUUUUUCAGGAAAUAAAGAAAAGAUGGGAUCGACAGGCUCGUGCUUUCCAUAACCUAUUCAGACAGGCGGACAGAGUCGAGAAGCUGGCUGAUAUCAUCCAGCGACUGGUACGCCAUGAAAUCUCAACCAACGUCCCCAUGUUUCCAUAUACUGUUCCUCCCUGCAGCACACGUCAAAGGGUCAGACCCUGAUCCUCCAUUGCUUCACAGGAGAAGGGCGAUCUCAAGCUGCGAGUACGGGCUCUGGAAUCUGAGAGGUCGUUCCAGAGAGUCGCCGCCGUGCAGAAACUCAUCGGCAACGUAAGUCCAGAAGGCACAUCAUAUUUACCUUAUUUGGGAUGUUCUUCCUCGAGUGAACUAAUCUAUGAAUAGUAAUUAAUUGCAGAAAAACUUAUAAUAUAUAUAUAUAUAUAUUUCAUGCUUCCCCCAUUUAGAUUGUGCUGGGAUCUGUCUAAUUCCCUCUGAGAAAAUGAACAGGCUGUUGUGGCAGGAAGCCUCGUGAACCUCGCGACGAUCCUGCACUUCAACUCUAUUCAGGUAGGCAGAUCCCAUCUGGUGUUCUUGAUAUCUCACUUCACCUCAUCUCACCAAAUUCAUACUCCAUUUAGGCGCCGGCGAUGGCUAUGUUCUUCCUAUGCGCGUUCUUCGGAGUCCAAGUCCUCAUCAGCCUUCUCAAAGUGAAGAGGUUGGACCAGCAAGAGAGGUUGAUAACGGGCACCGCCUAG